AGUAUUAAAAAAAUAGAAACUUUAUUUGGUGCCCCAUUUGCUUAGUACAUAAUCAAAUCUGUCUUUACUGUUGCUGUCUGCAGCUUAGAGAUUCUUGAGAAAACAAGGAUUGGAGUGAUUAGUGAUUCUUGAAACAUGUUAUGAGAAGUUGAAAAUGGCAUCAUCUUCUGCUGAAAAUAGUCCAGUGCCACUCAGAGUAGCACCCCCAAAUUAUCAUCCAUAUCCACCUCCCUUGGUUACAUAUGAGAAUGUUGUUGCCUCUCCUCAACUGUUCAUGGAAACUUUGCAGAAGCUCCAUGCUGACAUGAGAACCAAGUUCAUGAUCCCUGUUAUAGGGGGCAAAGCGCUGGAUCUGCAUCGCCUCUUUGUCGAGGUAACUACUCGUGGUGGUCUCUCAAAGGUUCUAGGGGAGAAAAGAUGGAAGGAAGUAACAUUAGUGUUUAGCUUUCCUUCUUCAGCCACAAAUGCUUCAUUUAUUCUUCGGAAAUACUAUAUUUCAUUGCUAUUUCACUACGAAAGACUCUACUAUUUCAAGGCAAAGUACUGGACUCCUUCUCCUGACGUGUUGCAGGAAGCCUCCCGUACUGCAGCUCCACCUCAAGGUUUGGCCGGAUAUAUCCUUCCACCACCAGAAAUAGAAGCUACCGUGCCCCAGCCGCGGAGGAUAGAAACAACAUUUCCUGAAGAAACUACCAUACCAUCGACAGGUUCACCUGUGUCUGGUUUCAUUGACGGAAAGUUUGAGAGUGGAUAUCUUAUUACGGUGAAGAUUGGAUCCGAGGAUCUUAAAGGUGUUCUAUAUCAGGUUCCAAUGAACCAAAUGCACCAAGAGUUGCAAAAUCAGAAUCUACCUGCUUACAACACUCGGAAAGAAGCAUCAACACCUGGGGUAGUUCGAAGAAAGCGUAGGAAGAAAAGUGAAAUCAAAAAGCGCGACCCUUCCCAUCCCAAGCCUAACAGAAGUGGUUAUAACUUUUUCUUUGCAGAACAACAUGCCCGUCUGAAACCUCUUUAUCCUGGAAAGGAUAGAGAGAUUAGUAGGAUGAUAGGUGAAUUGUGGAACAAUCUAAACGUUCCAGAGAAGAUGGUCUAUCAGGAGAGAGCAUUGCAAGACAAAGAACGAUACAGAAUGGAGAUGCAGGACUAUCGCGAGAGACUAACAGCUGGACAAAUUGUUAGCAGUCCACUGCUAAUACAAUCUCCUCUUGAACACAAUGUCGAUAUGAUUGAUCAGCAAAGUGAACUUCAAAGUGAAAAUGGAAACGUCUCUUGGAGUCCAGAGCACGGAACAAGUUCUGAUAAAUGUGCACAGAGCAACUCGGAGAACAACAACAACAAAGACACAGACCCUCCAGUAUUGGAAAUGCAGACAAACAACGUGAUCGUUGAGGAAUUUGAGUUGCUUAAGAGAGUAGACAUGGUCGAAUGCGAGGAUAAAGAAAUGCAGGAAGAAGAAGUUGAAGGUGAUAAACAAGAAGAAUUACAACACAGCAAGGAAAAAGUUUUUUUCUUCCUAGAAGAAAAAACUUUGUUGCCAACUGAGGGGAAAAUAUAAACAUGGUAAACCUUAAGUUAAUUAACUUCCUAGAUAUUACAACUUAUCUUAAUUAUAUAGUGUUUGUUUUGACUUAGUGAUAAUUAUGUUGUUUAGCAGUAGUUUUGGAUAUAAUUUAAGAAGUAUGAACCAUUUUGAUGUAUUUCAUGGGCAUACUUUACAGAUUAACUGCCCUUUUGUUCUGCAAGGUUAAAAAAA